AUGCGCAAUCCAAAGAAUUCCCGGAUCAAUGCGAAAGGCGCGGUCUCGAAAUCUACCACCAAAAGUGCGAAAUCUUCUCGUGGAAGAUCCGCAACAAAUGAAGAUACAGUAGAGCAGCAGGAGAGACUUCUUCAAGAGGCAAAAGUGAAAUCAAGGCGCCGCCGAGCGUCAAGCCAGAACACACCACACAAGUCCACAUCCAAAACAGCGACUCGCCUCUCUCAGGUUGCGUCUGAGCAUUCUACCACUCUAAAGGCAUCACCCAAGAAAGUUGCCACAGACGUCGGGGCGACAGAGAAAAGACUACGGCGCUUUCGGUCAAAGCCACCGGCGAGUUUCGACGUCAAACUGCUCCGCGCCCGAACCCAGCGCAUGAUUGUGCUUGGCCGACGACGUAGUACCACUCGAUCCGGGGCUCCAGCCGAAGAUAUCGACGUUGUUGGCUCAACAGGAAACGUUUAUACCGUUCACAUUGGCCACGAGACCUCGUGCACCUGUCCAGACUCAAUCAAGGGAAACGAAUGCAAACACAAGGUCUACGCCUUGAACACGGUGUUGAAGGCGCCCGCCGUGCUUGUCUACCAAUUAGCAUUUCUCAGCCCAGAGCUGAAGCAAAUCUUCGCAAAGGCUCCUCCAAUCCCCACAGAUAACGCUGGGAGCAGCGAAGAAGAUGACAAUCAGAGCGGAAAUCGCAAGCCAACCGAAGGCGAAUGUCCCAUCUGCUAUAUGGACCUCGACCCCGGCCACAACAAACUCGUGUGGUGCAAAUCGCAAUGCGGUCACAACCUUCAUAAAUCGUGCUUCGAUCAAUGGGCGGCCAGUCAACGUGGCCAGGAGGUGCGGUGUGUUUACUGUCGGUCACCGUGGCAAGCCGAGAGCGGCGAUCUCAAAGCUACGAAGAAAACCGGCAAAAUCGGCCACGACGGCUAUGUCAAUGUCGCCGACCAAUUUGGAAUGUCCAGGGCACGCGAUUAUUCGGGUUAUCAUCAGCCUUGGGUGAGGAGGCAAUUCGGUGUCGGGUGGUGA